CGGUCCGGUCCGAUCCGUUCCUGAUUUUGUAAACGCCCAAAAAAUUGGGUAUUAUUAAACUCUAUGGCUGACUCAUAACUCUGUACUUUUCUUAUUGGCCUGUAAGCCUGAACGCAGCCCCUCACUAUUACCAUUGCAUUGCGACAUUAACAAAUCCAGUUGGGUAGAAGAAGAGCUCCCCACGUUUCAUUAUGCACGAGAAGUAAUCCUUGAAAGACAUUUAAGGGAUGCCUACACACUGUAGUACAUAGGUUGAACAUGGUGAAACUAUGGCCGGGGUUAUGAACGUUGCACUAAAAUUCCUUGUUGAUUAUUUGGACAAGGUCGGACUAAUUUAUAAGAGAGAUAUUGGAUCUUUCUUAAGCUACAAAGUUGGCAAAGGUCAUAAGACAACACUGCCUCCAUUAAAAUCACAUGUGACUAUAGAUGAGCAACUUCUGGAGGGCAAAAGAGUUCUGUUUGUCGGGGAUGUUCAUGGCUGUUUUGACGAACUGCAAGAGUUGUACAACCAAUGUACAGAUUCCUCCAAGGAAACUGCACUGAUUUUCGUGGGUGAUCUUGUCUUUAAAGGACCUAAGACUCUGGAAGUUAUACGUUUUGUCAGAGAGACAGGCUCGUUUUCUGUUAGAGGAAAUCAUGAACAAUCUAUUUUGACCGAAAUCCUUCACAAAAGAAGAGACGAACCUGUGCGAGAGAAACGCAACUUUGUUUACGAUUUGACUCAAGAGGACGAAGAUUUCCUGCAAAAUCUGCCUUUCACGAUAAGUGUUCCUUCAUUCAAUGUUCUGGUGGUUCAUGGCGGACUACUGCCAGGGAUACCUAUUGAACAACAAGAUCCUUUGGGUAUGAUGUUCAUCAGAAACUACAUCCCAGAGAAGUUCCAAGGAACGGCAGGAAUCGAGGAGGGCUUGCCAUGGGCGUCAACAUGGAACGGUCCUCAGCAUGUAGUAUUUGGACACGAUGCUCGCCGAGGUGUCCAGCACUACAAAUAUGCUACUGGGAUUGACUCUGGAUGUGUAUAUGGGAAUUAUCUGACUGGCAUCUUGAUAGAAGACGGUGUCUGGGCUAACAGGAAAUUAGUACAAGUCAAAGCAAGGAAAAAGUAUACUCUAAAAGAGAGUUAACUGUUGUCGUGCUUUACUGUUAAGAUGGAGAGAAAGGAAACCCCAAACUUUUAGCCUGUGGAGCUGGCUUGAUUUUGGCAUGCAAUUACUCACCAUUUUCUUGGUGAAAAUUGUAGCUGCCAUCUUUGAUAUUUUAUGACAGCAGGCUGUUGUUGUUUUGGAAUUACUCUCCGCCUGCAUCAGAUGUAACUGCAAUCAUUUUUCUAACCCAGACAAUUCCUAAUUUGGGCUAUUCCACAUGAGACAUGAAAAUUUGACAGAUUUUCAAAUUCAAAAUAUGAGAGCCAAACUUACUUUUAAUGAAAGCUUAUACAUAGUUCUAUAAGAAUCCAAAUCUAGAUUGGCAGUAGUGGACACGCCCAGGUUGUGUGAUGCCAUUGUUUUUGAGGGUUUUUAUUAACCGAAUAAGCCAUUUUACAUACCAAUAUCUAAAUUGCUAUAUCUCAAAGAAAUUGAUCGCCAUGAAUCAGAUUUUGAGAUCUUAACUACCCACUAGGAUGAGCCUUUCAAUGCAAAAAGAAAAAAAUUCUCAAACAUUUAAUGUCUCAGACGUACAAAGACAUAAAAAGUGUUGCGGACGUGACCUUCAGGGUAUGAUUCAGAGCAACAUUUAUUUAAUUUCUAU